AAGAUGUCUGUCCAUCAAUUUCAUUUUAUUUCUUUACAAACGAUGGAAAAUACACCAAACGACGAUGCGUAGAAAUAUGAGGUUUUAUCCGCGGAGAGCGGAAGAAUCAACGAGACAAAAGAGGGAAAGCGGGUUGUCGUACCAUUUACUAGAUUUUCGCUCUCGCGGAAUGUCCAUUCCAGUGCGGAAAAAUACUCUUAUUGUAACGUUUCAACUGUAAAAUUGUUUUGUAAUGUCUCCAAUCCAACACCAUUCACUCGAUACAAUUUGCGUAUUGUUUGUGUAAUUGUGUAGAUUGGGUUGAUGAUAAAUGGCAUCGAAAUUGUUUGAUCACAUUUUCGCCGCGAGGUUUGUUCAGUUUCGGUUACACCAAGCAAAACAUGAAAUAUCCCCGUCGAUUACUGGUUUUAAAUAAAAACUGGUUGCUCAGUCUUAACUGCGACUUUCGAAAUCAUGUAAACCCGCACCACAUUUUUGUACAAUUUCUGUAAUAUCGUGAUCGAUCGGGAGAUUCCCAAUGUUUCUAGCAAAACAUUUUUUAUUUUCUCUUGCUGCGUCAUCAGAAAAAUAAAAUCGUUUCCAUACGCGAUGAUCCAUCAUCUGAACUUUUUAAACUAACGUUACUGUAAAUAUAGGUGAUCUCAGCGGAUAGGCUACUAUGUAUCACUUUAGCAUUUUCAGUAUUCUAUACAUGUUGUGCUUGGUAUGUACAGAGAACAGAAACGUCACUCUGGUGGUGUCAAGUUCCUUAUUUUUUUGUUGCUCUUCGAUCGCUUUAAUAAUGGAACACUAGUCACUUUAAUGUUUAUGUACUAUUUUAAUGUUUCUACUGUAUUUUAGUCAGUGCCGCUCCGACAUUGCAUUUCCUAAUAUUUCUUAAUUCCAUUAUUUUACUUUUUAGAUUUGUGUGAAUUGUUAGAUACUACUGCGGUGUUGGAGCUAGGAACACAAGCAUUUCGCUACACCCGCCAUAACAUCCGCUGAAUAUGCGUAUGUGACCAAUACAAUUUGAUUUGAUCUUCAGCUAGCAUAGCAUCUGGCCCAGGCUAAGCUGUUGACAAACCUAUAGGGCUUCUUGACCUGUAGGAAGUGAGGUCAACUUGUUGCUUGCGACUAGAAUAGGCAACAUAACCACGGUUCUAUGGUGUCAUCCAUAGAAUAACAUAUUAUAUAACUCGAUAUGGUGUCUUCAAUCUGACAUUCAUGCCUUUGUAGUUAUUGUGCAUGGUGGUCAACUGUCAAAUCUCUUGACACAUUUCCUUCCCCUCUUCUCCUGUGGUUUCAUUCGUUUACUCAUCUCUUGCUUUCUCCCUCUGAAUGGUUGUAAUUUGUUUUCUCCAGUGACCGCCGUGGACUAGAGCAACAAGUUGAAGUUCAGGAAAGUUGUCUUCACGCCACAAUGGACAAGAGCAACACGGUGAAGCUCUUCGUGGGCAACCUGGCUCUGGACACCACCCAGGAGGAGCUGUCGGCCAUCUUUGAGUCGUAUGGCCAGGUGGUCAGCUGCAGCGUUCUCCGACAGUUCGCCUUCGUACACCUACAGGGCGAGGGGGCUGCAGAGCGGGCCAUCAGUGAGCUGAACGGCAGGGAGUUCCGUGGGAGGAACCUGGUGGUGGAGGAGUCCCGGGGCAGACCGCUCCACUCCACCAAGGUGUUUGUGGGCAACCUGUCGGGCAUGUGCACCACUGAGGACCUCCAGGAGCUCUUCCAGACCUUCGGCAAAGUACUGGAGUGCGACAAGGUCAAAGCCAGGCUCUCCUCUUCUGCAGGAUACGCCUUUGUGCACAUGGAGAAUAAGGAGGAGGCUCUACAGGCCAUCGAGGCCCUCCACGGCACCUCCUUCAAGGGACGCCCGCUCUCCGUGGAGCUCUCCAAGGUACAGCCCUCUAAGCAAACCCCCACCGGGAAGAUCCCCUGUGUGAGCUGUGGGAAGCAGGGCCACUAUGCUGGGGAGUGCCCUGUAGGGAAGCCCUCUCUGGAACAGUACCAGAGCCAGGCAGCUGUGUUAGCUGCAGCCGCCGCCGCCGCAGCCGGCCUCCCCCUCCAGGUCCAGCAGAGCGUCCACAACUCUGUCUACAACACCUCGACCUUUGACCCCACUUACGCGGCGCUGACGGGCCACACCGCCGGCACGCGGACGGACGGCAACCCCGUCAACCAGGCAGUGUACGGUGCCCUGGCGACGCAGGUCUACGGCGCCAACGUGGCCAAUCAGCUCUACGGAGUCCAGGCAGCAAAUCAGGCGGCGGCGUUGACGCAGGCGGGCGCCACGCAGGUGUACGCCAGGUCCAUGAACCCCAGCCACGCCGCCCUCUACAGUCAGCUCAGUCAGAUCGCUGCCAGCCCCGCCGCUGCCUACUCCACACCCGUCUACGCGCAUGCCAUGGCCAACCACCACCACCACCCAGGGGCCGUGUACCUGGCAGCCCCUGGCGUAGAGAUGCCUACGACCGCUGCUGCCAUCAACCAGGCCUACGCCUUGGCACCGGCGCUCUAUGGCGGCGCCCAGCAUGCCUACGGUCACAUGGGGAUGGGAGCCAUGAGCGUGUCGGCGGACCCGUCGGCGGCCAUUUUUGAGGCGGCGAGGGUGCAGCACUACUUCGCCCAGGGACAGCAGGUUCUGGCCGAGCAGCAGAAUGCGGCGGCGGCCCAAGCGGCAAAGUCCGGGGAAAGGGACCGGAGUCCCCUGAGGCGCUCGGCGGGGUCCCUGCUGCCCGACCCGGUCAUGAAGCCCUUCAUGUAUCAGAGAGCGCCCAAGCAACGCCGGCCGCUGCUCCCCACCCCCGCUGGGCGAGCUGCAGAGGAGGAAGCGGAGGCUGCGGAGGACCCCAUGACUAGAGACCAGUGUCAACAGUACGCUGAGUACUACCAACAACAGCACCAACAGUACCAGCAGCUCCAGCAGCUACAAGAGCAGUACCAACAGUAUGCUGAGUACUACCAACAGCAACACCAACAGUACCAGCAGCUGCAGCAGUUACAGUACUAUGCAGAGUAUUACCAGCAGUACCAACAGUACCAGCAACUCCAGCAGUACCAGCAACUCCAACAGCUCCAGUACGCCUACCCACCUCCCAACCACCACGCCAUGGCCGCCAUCCCUGCCCACGCCAUUGCGGGCCACGCCCACCACCACGGCCAGCCCGGUCACGUCACGGCGCUGGACUCCGCCCUCAGGCCAGUGGUGCCCGCCUCCGCUAUGGUGGCAGUGCCCAGAGUGUAUGAGUCGCCGCUGCCGCCGCCACCGAACCGCAAGGAGGCCGUCCUCCGCCGAGCCCCCGAACUCUCCCUUCACACGCCUGAGCCCCCGUUCCGAUAGUCCACACCUCCCUCGCUCACACCUCCUCUGCCACCCCACCGCACACAACCCGUAUACCACCCUCGUACCCUUCCUUUCUCUCAGCGGCUGUGUGUAUCUGUGUGUGGAGGUAUAUAUAUCUGUGUGUCUCUGGAUGUGUAUCUGUGUGAGGAUUAGUGUUUUGUGUGUGGAGUUGGUUUGGUAUUAGUUUUUACUAUAGUCAAUGGAUAAACACCCAAGCAUCUAAACCCCAACCGUGGUCCUGAUACCACACACACAGUGCAGUGAAAAGGGGGAAAAUGAGCUCUUACCCGCCACAUACCGUUGGCUUAUUUUUAGUAGGGAUUUCUAUUGCCUUUUAAAGUGUGAGAAAUAGACUGAGAACCGGCAUACAUUUUCAUUGCCUUCAAGAGUGAUGAUUUACAGUGUAAAGGCCAACAUAUGAGGGUUCUCGAGGAUUCAGUGAGUUAGCUAAUCUCUCCCACUAGUUCAACAGAAAUAUUUCUAGCUUUUAUUUUAACGAUAUGAAUGUAUUGAAACUGCACUGUGGUUUGUUGUGAAGGUCCAGGGUUGGAGGGGGUCUGUGUGUCUUGCAUGCGUCGGAACUGUGGUGUGAGAGAGCGAGAGAGAUGUUGGCUUUCUGUUUCAAUGUAAUUCACACUGUCCGGUUCCCUCACUAGUGCCACCCUAGGGGACGCGAGGGCACAGACCACAGCCACACUAUUAUUUUAGAACUACAUUCUACCUACCCAGCCUCAUCCCCUCCCCUCACCCCGCUGCAACCAGAACACUGAAAGACACUGCUACAUUUCUGCCCUCUUUUACUCCCAUCUAUACCUUAGCCUGGUUAAACCAGAUUGAAUGCUGUGCUCACCACUGAAACAAUGGAGGAUUCCACAUUGUCAGGUUUCACCAGGCUAUCUAUACCUACCUCUGACGAUGAGAUAGGAUUGAGAUUAGCUGGUUAGAAUAUGAAUUGUCUGCUUUCUAUCCAUCCAGUAUAUACAUUGGUGUCAGUUGCAGGGUUGGCAUCCAUUCCAUUUGAAUUCAAAUCAGUCAAUUUACUUCCUGAAAUGGAAUGGACCCCAACCCUGGUCAGGAGUUUGGAGAAUGCCACAUUUUAGUGACUAAGAUGAUGUACUAUACUAAUAGUGUCUUGCUGCAUCAGUGUAUUUUGAGGCCUUUCGAAGUAUGUUAGUUUUUUUUUGUAAGUGGUUGUGGGGUCGACGUGUACAUUCUAACCCCUCAGAUCAUGUAGGUAUGAACUGUUUGGUGGAUUUAUAAGCAAGUCAACGUUUUAGACUUUUUAGCUAGAGAACCAUGCGUUUCGGUGAGCUUAACGUUGUGCCUGAGCAUUGCGUGAAGUGCAUUUAGUGGAGGGAAUAGCUCCUGUUUUUGAAGUGCUUUUUUUCUAAUGGCAGUCUUUUAAAAAUGUAAAUGUAAAAAAAAAAUCUGAGGUGGAGGGUUAACGGGUUAAGAUAAUGUGACGUGAUAAUUUUUUUUUUUUUUGUGGUGCGGUGACCUUCGCACCGAUGGAAUGAUGACAGGUGGAGCAGUAUCUUUCAGUCGCCCGCCCCCGACGUGUCCGUGCACCCCCGUUGUAAGACGACUCACUACCCCCGUACCCCACUGCCCUUUCGCCUUGUGGUUGUAGUGAUGUAGCUUUUUAUGUUGCAUAUUCUCUCUCCGUCUCUCAUAUAUACCAACGCACACACGGUUGCAUCUCCUUUGAAAUCUCGAUGGUUACAACAAAAAAAAGUAUUUUUUAUUCUUAUUGCUUGCCUUGUGUCUGACCAUGUUUUUUUUUAUUUUGCCUUUUUUUUGUCUUUUAAAAAAAAUAAACAAUUAAACCGGCAUGCUUUUUAAUAUGUACACUAUACAUGCCCACCAUUUUUUAAAUAAAGAAUGUUUCUGACUAGUGGAGGGGGGGGGGGGGGCCCUGAGCGUUUCAGAUGUUUUUAUUUUUUUGUAUGUUCACUCCUUCCUGUUUCUCCUUGUUGUAAUGACCAGACCCAUGUGACUGGGGACCAGGGUGGCAGAGAAAAUGAGGAGUAGCGUCAGUGUGUGCUUCCCCCCCUAGUCUGCCUCGGUGGAUGGGGUCCCCGGCCGUCCAGACACAGCCAAGCGUGUGAGGUGAGAGGGGGAAGACAAUAAACGUCGCGCAGGCAAAUGGGAAGUGGGAACUCAAUCUACUCCACCAAGGAUGGCUCAACACACACACUUGUCCCCCAACAUGUUCACUGGGCAGCCGAGAGGUGCGUUGCUGGCGGCGGGCAGAGACUUGACAGGGAGAGGGCGUGGUCUUCCUGUCUCUCUCUGCUUAACCACUGAAAAGAAUGAAGGAUGGAUAAAUGGAUGGAAGGAAGCUGCGUUGGUAAUGUAGGGAUCUCUGGCUCUGAUCCCUGCCUGUUCCCUUAAACCCAUUCUGUCCUGAAAGGUUCACCACCAAUCUCUCCUCUGAGCAUUCAAACUACAGUAUUGCACCGGCACAAAAUGGACUAACUCAAAUAACUAAUCAGGAUGUGCCCCCCCCACACACACACACACACACAUAGUCCCCUUUUCCUCUCAGACGUGGAUGUGUGGAGUCUGACUCUAGUGCUUGAGCAAAUGCAGUCAGCCUUGUAUUUCUGAAUUCCCCCUGGCCUGCUCCCUAUUAGCUCACACUGACUGGUAACCAUAUGGCUGCAGCCUUUCAUCACUGCUCCUGUCCUGCUCUACCUCGCGCUGCACAACACAGGACAGGAAAGCCAGAAAUGCUGCCUUACCAAUAGAAUCUCAAUUCCAAAUUUCGCCCCUCUUUCCUGAAAUGUGCGCUUGUCCACUCCCCCUCAAGGAAGUGUGUGUGGGGGGGGGGGGGGGGGGGGGAGCAUUGGAUUGUUCUAGACAGUAUACCGUAUAUCUAAUACCAAUCUCAAUAUUUUCAUGGAGUGAACGAGUGCACACUUCAAGGAGAUCGGGGAGAAUUGGAAUUGGGCCACAGUUUUGCCCCCAGGGUAGUUGCCAGUCCACUGUCUAUCACACUUAACAUUGCUGCCCAAAUACUACCUAGUCACAUCAAAUAUUAUAUCCUCACAUGCAAGGACUAAGUUGACUUAAUUAAGAAUCUGGGGCAAGUCAAGUGUAGUUACAGUGUAAUGGUGUGCGAUUUCAUCUGGUUAAGGAAGAUACUAUUUAUAGUCCAACGAUAUAAAGGCAACCUAAUGUAAACUGUUACCUCAAUUGUUAUCUAAUAGCUAUGUUCUUAUAGUCUGAGUUAUUGGAGGAGACAUGUUUUAGGGAGAAAGAGCAUCGUCGUAUGCCGAACUGGAUUGUUAAGGUGAUGUUUUUGCAAAUAUCAAUGUUGAGUAAUUUGGUACUUCAAGUGCAUUUACAGGAAAAAACAAGUGCAAAUAAUCAGCAUGCUUGAAGGAGAUGAAGGGGGACAUUUUAAUGGUGCAAAAUAGUUCAAAGACGCCAGAAAAUAUUGUAAAACUCAUAAUCCAGCAGUGUUAUACAUUUUUUGUUUCAACAAUGUGCAUUAUAAAAGUGAUUAUUUAACUAGAGUUUAGUAUGCGGAGCAAUGCAUGAAUAAGGCCCUUUUUAUAACACACAAUGCUUGAGAAGUCUAAUUUAAUCACAAUGCCAGAUUGAGUUUUUGUUUUUGCACGACUUUGCACCAUGAAAAUGUCUCCUUAAAUGUAUUAUGACAAUGAAUAAGCACAUUUCAUAUACUUAUGUAUAGUCCUUGCAUUGCUUAUGUCUCGAGGUACUGUACCGUCUGCAUGGUUGUACCAAAUAAAUUAUUUUAAAAUCAA